CCGCCCGCCCGCCGCCAUCUUGCGAGGAGCCGCCGCGGGACCGUCCGGCGGCGGGGCCGGCGCCGCUCGGGCUGCCCGGGCUGCCCAGGGCUCACGGGGCCGCCCCGGCGGGCGGGAAGAGCCGGGGCGGGCGGCGGCGGCGCCAUGGAGGAUGAAAUGCCCAAGACCCUGUACGUGGGGAACCUCUCCAGGGACGUGACCGAGGCUCUGAUCCUGCAGCUCUUCAGCCAGAUCGGACCCUGCAAGAACUGCAAGAUGAUCAUGGAUACAGCUGGCAAUGAUCCCUACUGCUUCGUGGAGUUCUACGAGCACCGGCACGCGGCCGCGGCGCUGGCUGCCAUGAACGGCAGGAAGAUCAUGGGUAAGGAGGUCAAAGUGAACUGGGCCACCACCCCCAGCAGCCAGAAGAAAGACACCAGCAACCAUUUCCACGUCUUUGUGGGAGACUUGAGCCCUGAGAUCACCACUGAAGACAUCAAAGCAGCCUUUGCUCCCUUUGGAAGAAUCUCGGACGCGAGGGUGGUCAAGGACAUGGCCACGGGCAAGUCCAAGGGCUACGGCUUUGUCUCCUUCUUCAACAAAUGGGACGCCGAGAAUGCCAUCCAGCAGAUGGGGGGACAGUGGCUCGGGGGCCGGCAGAUCAGGACCAACUGGGCCACCAGGAAACCCCCAGCUCCCAAGAGCACCUAUGAGACCGGCACCAAGCAGUUGUCCUACGACGAGGUGCUCACGCAGUCCAGCCCCAGCAACUGCACCGUGUACUGCGGGGGCGUCACCUCGGGCCUCUCAGAGCAGCUGAUGCGCCAGACCUUCUCCCCCUUCGGGCAGAUCAUGGAGAUCCGCGUGUUCCCCGACAAAGGCUACUCCUUCGUCAGGUUCAGCUCCCACGAGAGCGCUGCCCACGCCAUCGUCUCCGUCAACGGCACGGCCAUCGAGGGCCACGUGGUCAAGUGCUACUGGGGCAAGGAGACCCCGGACAUGGCCGGCCCCGUGCCGCAGGUCAGCGAGGCCACGCCCUCUGGCAUGGAGGAAGGGUCUGAGCGUGUGGCGGGAACGUUUGUGGGCGUGGUCUGUUAUGGCCACGCCCACUGCGGGCUGAUUCGCCUUAUUAGCAUAAAGGACGCGCCCAUAACGUGA